AUGGCCACCAUCUCAGCAUAUCCUUAUGUAAUUGCUAGCCCGCAAGAGGUUGCGAGGCUCCCUGGCUGUGGCGUUAAGAUCGCCGAGCUAUGGCAUGAGUGGGAAGAAGCCGGCAGGCUUCGUGAAGCAGAUGAAGCUCAAGCAGAUCCCAAAUUAUCAGUGAUACAAACAUUUUACGAUAUCUGGGGAGUCGGCGACAUUACGGCUCGGGAUUUUUACAACAGAGGAUGGCGAGACCUGGACGAUGUUGUCGAGAACGGCUGGGAGAGUCUGAGCCGAGUCCAGCAAAUUGGCCUCAAGUAUUACGACGAGUUCAAGCUCAUGAUACCGCGAAUUGAAGUCAAGUCCAUUGCCGACACCAUCCUGACACACGCUCGCAAGAUCAAUCCGGAUUUCCAACUGGUCAUUGUUGGUGGCUACCGCCGUGGUAAACUAGGCAGCGGUGAUGUCGACGUGGUGAUCAGCCAUCCUGACGAGUCUGCUACAAAGCGCAUUGUCGAGAAGUUGGUCUUGAGCUUGGAGAAGAGCCGACACAUCACGCACACGCUCACGUUGAGUAAUCAUAAUAGCGAGCGUGGCCAACGGCCCGUCAGUUGGAAAGGUAACGAGUCAAAAGGAAGUGGCUUCGACACCCUUGACAAGGCGCUUGUGGUCUGGCAGAAGCCCGAGACUAAGGGCGAGGGAUCUUGUAGCGGAGCGGAAGAGAGGACGCACCGGCGUGUAGACAUCAUCAUCAGCCCCUGGAAGACGGCUGGAUGUGCAGUCUUGGGAUGGAGCGGAGACACGACGUUCCAGCGGGACCUGCGUCGUUACUGUAAAAAGCAAAAGGGCUUCAAGUUCGAUAGCAGUGGCAUCCGAAGCCGACUGGAUGGUAGCUGGAUCGACCUGGAGGGCGGAAAGCUCGGGAAAGCCCCUGAUAUGUUGACUGCCGAGAGAAGAGUGUUCGAGGGACUUGGCCUCGAUUAUGUCCGCCCGGAAGAUAGAUGCACCGGAUGA